CCUUAAAAGAAAGAGGAAGAGACGAGGCGAGGAGAGGGAGAGGGAGAGGGAGAGGUGGCGAGCGAUGGCGGAGGUUAUGCUUAUUGCAGACGAUGUGCUGUUGGAAAUAUUCAUUCGAAUCGGUGAUUGUCGAUCUCUACUCCGAUGCACGGCCGUUUGCAAGCACUGGUAUUGUGUCAUCAAUUCGACCCAGUUUCGCCACCAAAAACAAAAACAUGAGAAUGAGAAUCAGUUGGAAGCCUGUACGCUUUUAUUUAGACAUGGUCUCGUCCACAAAUUCACAAUACCCCUCCCCUAUCAAUAUUUCUCCAAGGAAUCACAGAUUCUACAUCAGACGAGGAAGAACAUCAUCAUCGAUGAUUACCUCGAUUUCUUGCCUUGGCCGGAGGUUCGUGUGCUUUCCGUCACCGGCGACUUGCUGCUGAUUUCACGUGAACUGGGAAGGGAUUUCCUGAUCUGCAAUCCCUUUACCAAACAAUGGAUUGAGCUUCCCACGACUCCUGUGGACUUAACUUUAGUAUUCGGUGGCUUUGGACACGGUGCUUUGAUGUGCGAAAACAACAAGGAUCAAUUCAGGUACAGGGUAAUGUUAAUAUGGAGUUUAGAAUAUGAUUGUGAAACUUACUUGUCUGAAUUUGGUGUCAUGACCUUUUCUUCCGAGAUUGGAGAGUGGAGUCCUACAAAGUUGAUAGGUAUCCUCCAUGACUUGAACUAUGACCCUCCCAUAGUUUGCAAUGAAAGGUUACACUGGUUAUCUUUGGAUUAUGAAACAACAGUUGCUUAUGGGAUUACUGCCUUCGAUCCCUUUCGGAAUGCACAUCAUCCAAAUUAUAUCCAAUUUCCCCUGGCCCUCCGCCAAGAUGAGAGGCAGAAGAAUUGGGGUAGCAUCCGUCUUGGAGUGGUCCAGGGUCGGCUGCGGAUUGCACAGUUCUUCAUGACUAGGAGGAAGAGGGUCUUCUCUGUCAAAGUAUGGGAAUUGAGUUAUGAUGGUGAUGGUGAUGGUGAUGGUGAUGGUGAUGGGACGACCUGGACUUUGGUGCAUGACUUUACCAAGAGGCGGAUUGCUUAUAAAAAGUUUAUGAAUUUGAUAGCUUUCCAUCCGACCAAUGGCAAUGUGUUGUUCAUGCUCUUUGACAAUAUUGAUAUAUACCUAUACGAUAUUAGGGAAGAUAAGAUGGAAAAGAUUUCUCAAUUUCCAGCCCCUGGCUACCGAUGUUUCGCCGCAAACUUACACAACUUCCCUAUUGUGCAUCCAUUUUGGCCGACUAAAAUUCCUCCUCUUCCUCUUAGAGCCAGUACUUCAUCAAUGGAUCCUCCUAUUCCUGAGAAUGUCUCUAAGAAAUGCAUCAAGCUAGUUACCAAAACGGAUCUGAAGGGAGCGUUUGAAAUACCUCAAUGUGCUUCGAAGUACAUUUUUACUCAUUACCUGAUUUCCAAUAAUGGAAAGAUGCAUUUGGUUGUGGGAAACGACCAGGGAGAAAAAGUCUAUGAUGUUGACGUCAACGAACGCAGCAGCCACUCUCUCGAUUUGAGGCACUCAAUUAAGAGGUCGUUGUGGAAAGACGUUAUUGCAGGCCGUGAUGUCAAAGUCGGAGACACACUCGUUUUCUCACGGGUUCCUACUGAUGGGAAUCAUCCGAAUGGAGGCAUUCGAAUUGCAGCCACAAGGAAAGUUCAUGGAAUCGAGCUGAAGAAGGUUUGUUUUUACAACUGUAAUUACUGAUUUGGAGACUUUGGAUAUUGUGUUGGAUACUUUUCAUUGUGUUUUGUCCAUACUCAUUCUUACUUGUUGACAUUGUAAUUACUGAUUUGGAGACUUUUCAUUGUGUUUUGUCCAUACUCAUGCUUACUUGUUUGUUGAUACUGUGCUUUGGAUAUUGUAUAUUGGAGACUUUUCAUUGUGCUUUGUA